AUGUUACUUGAAAUGCUAGAUUUACUUAAUCGUUUUCUUCUUCGUGCAAGUGGUAAAUCUUUGGAUGAAAUUCCUGAUGAGGAUGAGAUCCCCGAUGAGGUUGAGAUCCCCGAUGAGGAUGAGAUCCCCGAUGAAGAUGAAAUCCUCGAUGAGGUUGAAAUUUUUGAUGAGGAUGAUCUCUCUGAUGAGGAUAAUAUCCCCGAUGUGGAUGGAAUUUCUGAUGAGGAUGAAAUUUCUGAUGAUGGAGAAAUCUCUGAUGAAACUGAUGACGGUGAAAUCCCUGAUGAAACUGAUGAUACUGAUGAUACUGAUGAUGAAGACAUUGGUAAUUCAGUAACACACAAGGAUAUAGUUGAAUUUUUAUAUGGUGAAUUAAAAUUGUCAACUUGUGAAUCAGCGAAACGUUUUUUAUUAUUUAAUGAAUAA